UGUAUCAGUUUCAGGAGCUGCUCCUGGGACUCGCGAUGCAACAUUUUGGGAGUAAUUUCUGGGGGGAGAAAAACAAUGGCUUUGACAUCCUUUACCAUAACAUGAAACACGGACAGAUCUCCGUGAAAGAGCUGGCUGACUUUGUGAGGGAAAGAGCUCUGAUUGAAGAAACGUAUUCAAAAUCAAUGUCCAAGUUGUCAAAGAUGGUGAGCAACAGUUCACUGGGGACUUUCGCUCCAAUGUGGGAUGUGUUCCGGACCUCAGCUGAUAAAUUGGCACUUUGCCAUUUCGAGUUAGUGCGGAAACUCAACGACUUGAUCAAAGAAAUGAAUCGGUUCAACGAGGAGCAGGUCAAAAUGCACAGGAAGACAAAGGAGGAGGUGUCAGGUACACUGGAAGCUGUGCAGAAUGUCCAAUCCAGUGGCCAGCUCCUGCAGAAAUAUAAAGACAAUUAUCAAAGCAAAUGGCUGGAGUGGGACAGACUGAAAAAGGAUGGGGCUUCUCAGAAAGAGAUUGAUAAGGCUGAAGUCAAGUCAAAGAAAGCUGCAGAAUCUUACAAGGCGAGCAUCAAGAAAUAUCGUACUGCCCGCUCCGACUACCAGCUGAAGAUGGCAGAUGCUGCCCAGAAAUUCCAGCAAGUUGAAGAGAUUCACCUGAGACACAUGAAAGGGUUAAUCAAGUCAUACUCCCACUCCAUUGAAGACACUCAUGUUCAGGUGGGCCAGGUUCAUGAAGAGUUCAAACAGAAUGUGGAGAAUAUUCGGGUACAAGACCUGAUCCAGAAGUAUGCCCUGACCAAAGGGACUGGCAAAGAGAAGCCAGGGCCAAUUGAGUUUGAGGAAUGUAACCCAGAGGUUCUGCUGGAAGCUCCAAAGAAAAGCAAGAGGAAAUCAUUUGUGAUCCCAGGACUUGGCAAGAGAGAGAAGGACACCGAUUCCACGGGCUCUCCGGAUGCUGACUCCAUUAAUUCUCCCGAGGUGGAUGAAGAAGGUUACACCAUCAGACCUGAUAUUGUCCGGAAUGAUGAGAGGGAGACCCAGCCCUGCUCCUCCAGUGACUCAGACUUCGAUGAUGACGAACCCCGAAAGUUCCACGUGGAGAUCAAGCCGGUGACGGUGAGAGAUUGGGCCCCUGACCCAGCCACAUCGGUGGAGCAGCUGCGGGCUUCCAUCGGAAAUAUCGUCCUCUCAUCCAAUCCGACUAUUCCAUCCAAAAGGAAUUCCACCCGGCAUUCAAUCCAACUGGCUCCACUUGCAGUGGAAGGGAACUCCCAGGCUGUUCACAUGAGAGAGGCAACUAUGUUCCAAUGCAGCAGCCCAGGCUCCGAGACCAGCAGCAGGACAACUGUCUCACAGAAUGGUGACAGCUUUCUGGAUCCACUAUUUGGGCCUCCGUUGGACGCCAUGUUUGAGAAACAAGAACUUGGAGCUCAGUGCCACCAGCUCGAUGGGAAUCCUCUGCCAUUGAGUGCUCCGACCAGCUCCAGUGCACUAGAAACUGUGGAAGACUCUGGUCUCGAUUCACCUUCUUUCCCGACUACUGACACCUCCUCACCAUCUCCUGAAUCUAGACCUUGGACCCCCCAGCCCGUCACCCCUCCAGUCUCACUACCACUUAACAGCUGCUUCUCCCCAACCUGCAACGAAGCUUCCUCUCGCCCUGUUCCUGUUUGUAACCUCCUAUCGAAUGAGGGGCCCUCAAGUACGGAUCUUCACUGUGGCACAGACAGAGAGCUGUCUCCUGUGGAUACCUGCUCAAACACUGAGUCUUCGGUUCAAACUCCCCAGGGACUGGCCACUAACGCCAUCGCUUCAGCUACAGCAGCUCCCAGUGUCCAAGCAGAGGCCUUCAUCAGGGAGACAACACUGGUUGCUCCUCCACGCCGUCACUCAAAAAAGAAACUGUUCACCAUUCCGCUCGAAGGGACAGACGCAACCAGGCCUGUCAGCCCAUCGGUUCUAUCCCCUGCAGCCAGUCAGAGUCCUGUUGAUGAAGCAACCACGACACAUCCCAGCCAGAAUCGAACCACGACUCCAGCCUCGAGUGUGUGUAUUUCCCGAGGACCAAGCCCAGUGACUGUAGGCAGCCAUGACACCUUGCCCAUUGCAGCUGCUUUUACAGAAUGUAUUGAUGCCUACUUCAGGGCUGGAGACUUUGCAAAUGUGAUUGUGAAGCUGACUGGAGAUCUCACCAUGUCCUUCCCAGCGGGAAUCAUUCGGAUCUUCAGUGGGAAUCCAUCACCAGCUGUCAUCAGCUUCAGGAUUUUGAACGCUAAUCGCAUUUCACAGUUUCUGUCCAACUCACAACUACUGUACAGUGACCUGUCACAGAGCGAUUCCGAUGUGAAAGAUUUCUGGUUGAAUAUGUCUGCACUCACUGUCCAGUUACAGAAACAAGCCAAGCAGAAUCCUGGUGCCUCCUACUUCAACAUUAGCCUCCUCAAAUACCAGGUUUCUACUCUUGACUGCUCAGCCAUUCCUCUGAAAGUUGCUGCUCACUGGAAAUGUGAGUUGGGUUACACAGAGGUCACCCUGGAUUAUGAGCCUGACCCAAGCAGCACAGCGAAGGAGCUGAGAAACCUGCAGACCUUGCUACCACUGGAAGGAGAUGUCAGUAACAUCCAGUCCCAGCCCACUGCUGUCUGGAACUCCAAACAGAAGAGGCUGUGCUGGAAGCUUCCAGAUAUCUGCACCCAGUCAGGACCUGAAGGGAGAGGAUCACUGUCUGCGAGUUGGGAGGUGACGAAUGGCCCCAGUAAGCCAUCCCCCGUGGCCCUGCAGUUUACAAGCGAAGGGAACACAAUGUCGGGAGCUGAUAUCUGUCUGGUGGGGGCUGGAUACAGACUCUCUCUGGUGAAGAAGAAAUUAGUUACAGGCAAGUACUUUGCAGGAUGCUAGUGAGGAGUUUUCCCACUGGAUGAAGACUUGUGUGUGCACUCAACUGGUUGUCCAUCUGGGAACUGUUUGAGAGAUUCCACUGUUUUGAGUGGUUACGGACUCUGACGUAUCUAACAGUUUACCUCAAUCACUCUCUGAUUUGGUCUGUGAUUUUUUUUAAUGUUUUGGUAUUCAGCAUGUUUCUCUUCCUAAAUGGAAAAUCUCUCAACUAAACUCUGCCUGUAUUGUGAUUUUGAAUUGUUCCCAUUCCAAAUUUAAUUGUAGGUCAGUCUUAGCUCUUGCCCUGUGCAACUUAUUACUGGACCAGGAGGAACAAUAUGAAUGCUUUUAUUCACAAUGUGCAGUGUUUCCCCAAACCCCACACCCUGAAUCUGUAUUUAUUGCACUUUGGAACAAGUGGUUCUGAUUCUAUUAACCUCUGGCUCUUCCAGCAGAGUUUGAGGAUAAUGAGAGUUGCUGCAAUCAUUCUGUUUUUGUGGAAAAUGCAAUGUUGGGAACUUUGGGUUUCUUUUUGUAGUUGGCAGGAGCUGAGUGACUGCUCCCAGCUUCAGUGAGCUGCCUGAAACAAAUGAACUGAAGAACACCAAUGAGACUCUGGGACACAUCUCCCCCUUUUGGAUGACCACAUUUCCAGGGAAGCUCAUCGUGAAAUGCAAUGGUUUUGAGGAUUGGCCUAUUUGAAGCUUAUUUUACUCCAGACAAGAAGGUUUAAACCAAUGACAGCAUUAGAGUGAGGUUCAAAACUAACAGGAAGCUGAUGAGAUGAACCUGAUUCACAGUUCCAUUUUAAUUUUCAGAAUCUCCUGCGAGUUUUCUCUUCAUUUUGCUGUGAGAUUUAAUUUCUGAAUUGCUGAAGACUCCAUGAGAAUCUUGGAGAGUUAACAACCCUUGUUCCCUCUUGUUUAAUGAGCAGUGAUUUGUGAAUGUCAUUUUGGAGUCAAGAAGCUAGGAAUUCUGGAUGUAAUAAAUCUAGACUCUCAGUGGAAUCAGUUGAGUUUUUUUGUACAUCUUUUAAGCAGUGUCAGUUCAAAGUGAAGUAUUGUAUCCAGACCUAAUGAGUUUAAGUUCACCAGUUUGUGUGGUAUGCUGAUAGAGUCUAGUUUGCUUCUGUGCCAGGCUGAGACAGCGAGAACUAGCAGGUCCACAUCUGUCACUGGUCUGACCUGGGGGUCACAACUGUUGGAGACCAUCUGACCUCUUCUCCUUCUGCAGCCCAUUGACCUAAUUGCCUGGAGUUUUUCAUCCUGUCACUGUUGUUUCCAGAAAGUCUGCCAGACUGCACAGCACUUUUCAGACAACAUCAAACUCUGGGGUGAUGCCUUCAUAGCUGAAGAGUCCCGUUACUAUGCCAUGUGUGUUGAUUAAUGGCAGCUGGGGGCAAAAUACUGGAGAGGCAAGUUUAUAUCUGCGCUUCAGCAAGAGUCAGCACUUUCAGGGGAGAAAGUGAAAGAAAUAAUUUUCUAUUAAAAAUUUGUUCAAUAAACGCUAUCAGGUUCUCAGUCCUAGGUGCUGUCACUCUUGAAGAUUUUUAAUUAUCUUCUAGUGUUUAAUCUCUAUAUUCUCUAAAUUGUUAAAAACGUACAGCUAGGAAUGUUUCCACAUUUAGACCAUGAACUUCCAUUUAAGGAUCUGGAAUAACUGAUCUAGAUGGGUCUUGAAUUUGUCCUUGGGUUAGAUUUUAAGGCUCUUUGUCUGUGAAAGGGAGGGUUCUAGUUGUUGUUUGGUGUGAAUAGGACAAACUAUGGGCAGGAAGAAGUUGUCAAGCUUUCAGAAUUGUAGCUUCAUUUCCUGGUGUGGUUUCCAGGCAACGUAGAGAUCUUGCAGAAGGGAUCUGGACAAUCAAGAAUGAUCUGAUUUGGGGAGGAGCAGCAUUCCUAUUGGCAAGUCUAGUGACCAAUCACUGAAUGAGAAGGGAGAUUGGCAGGUCACAUGGUGAAACCACCAGGAUUGUCCAAACAUUCCAGCGUCUAUAUCAUUCCAGCAGUCCAUAUCAUUCCUAGAGCCACCUAAAGUGUUUGAAGGAGCUUUGUAAAAGGAAAGAUUUCAGUUCUCAGUUUGAUCGACUCAGGGACAGCAGGGGUUUGAGGUCAGGCAGGAUAUCUGACAAGAUCCCUUGCCCUGCCAAUGUGUACUCCGACUGGGACUAGUCCUGAUGCUGGGGUUGCCAACUUUCACCAGAUGAGUUCCUGGAGAUUUAAUCAUGUGAUUCCCACCUCAAACCCUGACCAAACCCUCCCCAAAUACUGGUCUAUCCUCCAGCCAUUAUGAUGUGAUUGAAUGAAUCUGCACCAUCAGUCAGGCUAAGAUUUUUUCCAAAUCAUUGAUUUUGAUCAAAAGAAAAUGUGCAAUAUUUGAAUGUAGCUGUGAACUCUUUGAUUCCUGGGUUUUUGAAUCCCCAAGUAAUUUUCAGUUGCUUUCAACUCCAGGCCAGUCUUGCAGGCCUGGUAACUUUAGCAGUGAGGGAGAUUGUUUUAUUUUACACUGUACCCUGUCUGAUCUCUGGGUGAGGGUUCAUUUAUACUUUGCCCUGAUACUUUGAUUGCAAUAUUGCCCUGAAGAUAUCUGAGAGGAAUGAGUCUGCAGUUGAUCCUGACUUUCUAUUGGUCUGAUCCUAGAGACGAUGUGUUGUGGCCAGAGAUGUUUCUCAAAUUGCCACUUCAACCCAGUUAACAAUACAACACAGGAUCAACGUGGUUGGAGACUUUGGGACUAAUUUUAGUUCCUUGCCCUAUGCCCCAUACCCACCCAGAAAGUUUUGGCUACAUAAAACCUUUGAUCAUUCUUGGAAAUAGAAUCAAGGGUACAAUAGCUUGCACUUGUAUUUACCUGGGUGUCUGUUCAGGAGCUGGGUUUAUGGAUGCGAGAACAUUCCUAUUAUAUGUUGUGUUUGGUGUGUUCCUUGCCCUCGACACACUGCCUUUUAAAGUUUUAUUGACAAAAUGUUGUCAUGUCAUGACAAAGUUGGUAUAAUCAGAGAGGUUAGAGACAGUAACAGGGAGGUGUUCCUGCUGUAAUGUGUGACUUCACACUCCCACCUAGUGUUAUUGGAUGGUUUGGAACCUCAGAGAUCUUUGAUUUAUAUAAUUAUUAAAUGUACAUAUAUGUGAAAACUAGCCAGGGCUUCUUUUGUGAAUUAGCCUUCAUUUUGGAGUGUGUUUUUUGCUUCUCCAUUUCUCACUGUACCAACAGAUGUCCCCACCCCACUCCUCCCCUCACCCUCACCCUCCCACCAUCUCCACCCCACCUCAGCCUCUGUCUCUGCCUCAAGAAAUCCAGUUGGGCCUGGGGGCUGAGGUUCUGAGAUUCCAAGGGGGACCCCGUUCCGUGAGCUGUGCUUUUGUGUGAAUAUUGAUGAUGGUCAGCCUCCUGUUAUGAGGUCAUGCCUGUACACUCAACCAAGCAA